AUGGACGCCCAGAUUGCUCAAUUAAUUCAAGGAAACCUGGAACCAUGGCCGUCCGCCUGGGCCACAUUAGACCAGAACAAAUAUUUGACCCUAGAUUCCUACGAGGAUACAGCGAAAAUGUAUUGCAGCGCCGUCACCAGGUUCAUUAACUCAAUCAGACUCAUCACCGGUCCUCCAAGGCAAUUUGUCUACACUCCGUUACACGGAGUGGGCUAUGCAACCAUGUCCCGCCUUUGCGAAGAGUUGGGGAUAACAGACAUGAUCACCGUGGCCGAACAGCAGGAACCGAAUCCGGAUUUCCCAACCGUUGAUUUCCCAAAUCCUGAAGAAGCCGGCGCAUUGGAUUUGGCCAUGAAAACCGCCGACGCCGUGAAUCGGAGCCUGAUCAUCGCCAAUGACCCCGAUGCUGAUAGGCUUGCCGUGGCAGAGAAAGUCAAUGGCAUCUGGGUGAAAUUCACCGGCGACCAACUUGGCAUCCUCCUUGCCUCUUACAUGCUCGACGCAAUCCAAGCCGAAACCCAGACCCAGACCCAGACCCAGUCCCAGACCCAGUCGCAGUCCCAGUCCCAGCAAGAAACCCCCAUGCGACACACGAAAAAGAUCGCCAUGCUCACCACCGCCGUCUCAACAAGCAUGCUCUCCAAACUCGCCGCAGCCGAAUCCAUCCACUUCCAAGAAACACUGACUGGCUUCAAAUGGCUCGGAAACGUUGCCAGGAAACUCCAAACUCGGGCCUCUGCUGACGGCGCCUACACCAUCCCGUUUGCUUUCGAAGAAGCCCUCGGCUACAUGUUCCCUGCAAUCAGCUACGACAAAGACGGCCUAACGGCCGCCAUGGUAUUUCUUGCCGCCGAAACAACCUGGAGAGUCCGCGAUGGGCUAACGCCGUACGAGAAGUUGAUGGAGCUUUAUGGAAAGUAUGGGUAUCAUGAGAGUUUGAAUGGAUAUUUUGUUUCGCCGAGCAGAAGGGUCACGGACGAGUUGUUUGAGGGGAUUCGCAGGGAAUUCGGGCCUGCUGCCCGUGCCGAUAGUGCCGGUGAUAAUACAUCCAUGGGAAGUAUUGGGUCAUUGCCGAUUCUGCAGUGGAGAGAUGUGACGCGGGGAGUUGAUGUGGGAGAGGAUUCGAUUGCAGCUGACGGUCCGGGGAGUCAAAAGCGGCUGCCCGUUGAUCCGAGCAGUCAGAUGCUGACGGUGUGGUCUGAGCGGGGGAUUCGGUUUACGCUGAGGGGCUCGGGGACAGAGCCAAAGGUUAAAGUAUACAUUGAGAGCUGUUGCGACUCUCGCGAAGAAGCUGUCAAGGCCGUCUGUUACGUGUUUACGACUGUGCUGGAGAAUUGGGUAAAGCCGUAUGCCCCAACGAUGACGUGGGCGAGAGAGAUGGUUACGUCGUCUGGACAUGUGCUUCGUGCGGCAUAA